AAUCUGAAAUAUCUCUCUCUCUGUCAAGAUUUUUUGGGGAUGAAAAUGAUACAUUGGAAGAAUGACAGCAUAAUGGGCCGAAUGGAACCAUAUUCCAACUUUCUCUUCAUUGACAUAGUUGAAGACUUGGGAGGAUACAAAGGAAUCCGAAUCCUGCAUCACUCCAUAGCAUCUGCGUGUCUGGAAGAGUUGGAGAGAAGCUGCUCUAUGAGAGUAAGUGAUAUCACUAUGGAGAUUCUUCAUUGUGAUCUGUUCUUCCGUGUUAGAUCUGUCAAAGACAGAUUCAUGAGCUCAAUUAAAAAAAUGUUGAUUGCAAGGGAGCGAAAGAAAGAUGGAGAUGAGAGAGAAACAUUUUCUCCUCUCAUUGGAAAAAUCCACAAAGAUCAAGGGAGAAAAACUGUCCAAGAUAUCUUUGUGAAAGCUUCUUCCAGGUUUGUUACAAGUGCAUAUAUCCCUCAGGCACUGGCUAGAUAUUUGUACAUCAAGGAGAAGGACUUCCCCGAGGCUCUGCAAUGGGCUGAAAAGGCCAAGAACAUCAAACAAAACCCAUUCACAUUUGACACAAUUGGGCAGAUUCACAAAAGCAAUUUAAAAUCUAACAACCCCAGGGGAAAGCAGGAGACAUUACGCAAUCCAGAAGACUUAAACACAAACAUCAAAAUGGCAGAAAAUGCUAUCACAGCAUUUAGAAGGGCCCAAGUGCUGGCAAAUGAAGAGGAUGAACCGGAGACAGAAGCCGCUGAUGAUGAGUCAGAAGACUAUCCCAGAAAUUCAUACAAUGUUUUUGGCUAUUUGGGUGUGCUGGAUAUUGUCUUCCUGGUUUUUGAGAUAUUGAGCAAGUUGCCGUUCUUUGAGGAAAGGGAUCCAAAGAAAAAGAGGUACCUGCAGAGUUUUCUGAAAAAAAUAAUGCCAAUCACCAGUGUGUAUAAAGAGGAAAAUGAAAUUAACAACAGAUAUGUGGAGAUCAUCAAAGAGCACGAACAGUUUCUCCAGAGUUUGAAAACUCAAGUAAAAGACAUUUUUGAACUUCUGGUCUACUACUUCACGAAUAUAAAAGCAAAGAAUUCCGAAUUUGAUUCAAAGAACCGUCGGAAUAUCAGUCAACUUUUUAAAAAGUAUUUAGCUCUUUUUUGCACUACAUCAGAGGAAAUACAAAAAGAACGACAUGGCAAUCCUAAAUUCAAUUUGGAAAUUGAUAUUGUACAACGAAGAUACUUUCUUGAAGAGAAAGGUGCAGAUACAUUUGCAGGAAUUCUUCAACAUUUGGACAAUCCUGCCGAAGAGAUUGAGAGCAUCACAGAAUGCUAUGCAUUCUUGCGCCAACAACAAUUCAUCAACCAACAUCAAAAGACAAAGGAAACGAUCAACUACAUUUUGUCAAACAUAGUUCUUUACCUUUUGAAACCAAAAUCUAAACAGGUAAAGAGUCACAGAUACCUGUCUGAUCUACUUUUGAAUACUCUCCAAGAAGUAGGACGUUGGUAUUCCUUCCCAGAUCCAUACUACCUGGCUCUGCUGUUACUCUGGCCAAGUCCUAGGCAAGAAAACACAGACAUUGUAACAUACGUGAAAGCAAUUCGGAACUCAAAGCUCCUGGUUUUAUCGUUUCGAAAUAGGAGCACUAUCGCCCACCUCUACCUGGGGAAAGAAGAGGGACUCAAGAGACUGGUUUCUAAACGGCAACUGGGUGAGAAUUUUGAAAAGAUGCGCCGUGACACCUUAGCUCAAAUUUGGCGGAAUGGAGAUAUAUUUAAAGACAAAGCAAUUAUCAACCGCCUUCAAAGAGUCAGUGGAACCACUGAACAAGGAGAGCUGUUUGCCAUUUAUGGCAAAAUGAAAAUCCCUGUGCGUCCAGCCUUCAUUGCUGGUAUAAGAAGUGGUGCAAGCACAGAAAAGGUUUCCUUCUACCUUGGUUUUGCUAUUAAUGGACCACUGGCAUAUGAUAUCCAGUAUGACAACUAAGGUAUUUGAUUGUACAAACAAAGUGCAUCGGAAGCACAAAGACAUGAACUGUACAGUGUGAAAAAAUCUGAACUCACUCUGAUGAAAUUUCAAACAUCUCAUAAAACUACACGAGCAUGUGAUAUCAGACAGAUUGCUGAGUUAAAUAGAACAUAUGGCAGCUCAAUACAGUUGACUAUUGAAGCUGAAUCUGUCUUUUUUCUAUUCUUUUUUUUCAUCUAGUAUUUGUUAUGUUGGUUUUCUCUUGCAGAUGUGGCAUUUAUGCCAAACUAUUCAUUUAUUUGACAACUGAACUGUACCUUUUGAAAAAUAAGUGUAUUAGCCAGUGACUUACUGCGAUGGAACUUUAAACACACCUGAUAAAAAGCACAUGUGCAUUUGAUUAAGAGGGAUUGUUGGGUUACAUGGUGAUCCUGCAGCUCUAUAUAUAAAUGUUUGUUUUUAUAAGAUUUUUUAUGACAAUUAAUAUCGUAAUUUUUUUUGUUUUGUUUAUAGUUUGUGUUGUUUUAUAUAUGGUUGUCUCUUGUGGAUGUGGCUCAUUUGACAAAUUAUCUCCUAUUAAUAUAUUUGCAGGUGCAAAUAUCAUAAUAGGCAUAUUAAUUGUUGUACAAACAAAUGCAACACAAGCACUAACGCAUGAACUGUACCUUUAAGAAAUAUGUGGCAGACAGUGACUCACUGCAAUCGAACUUUAAACGCACCUGAUAAAAAUGUGCAUCUGAUUAAAAAGACAGAUUGCAGUAUUCAAUAACAAUCAUGUAGGUCAAUAUAGCUGCACAUGUAACGUUAGUUUUUAUGACUUCUUAUCUUUUAUUAACAGUAAUCAUUAACUUUCUGAGGAUUUUUUAAAUGUCUUUUGCAGAUGCGGCACAUUUGCUAAACAUAAGUGGAGCUCAUUUUUGUACAAACAUGUAAAAAGCACUUAACGGUGAAAAUUAACUCUUGGUGAUUUUCUCAAAGAAACAGAGAACCCUGGAUCUCCCAAAUCCCAGUUGAGAACCAUUGCGCUAUCCUCAAUCAUUUUGUAUUUUUAUAUUUGACUUUUGUAACAUCAUCAUAAACAUGUUUGAACAAGUUAAUGUGGAAUAAAUCUUGUGUGACAAAUGUGAUUGAUGGUUUUCUGUACAUUUUCUGUAAAGACAGGAUUUUGCCAAAUGGUUUGAACUGUAAAGGUGCUGACCAGCCACCAAGAUACUUAACUAUGAGUUGCUAUUUACCCUUUUAGAGGUGGGACCGUAGUUUGUAUUUAGUUGCUGUAAGAUAGUAUAAUGUUAUUAAUUAAUGUAGAUAAUAGUAUAGGAGUCAGAAAUGGCUAAUUGAUAUUAUUUGACAUGUGUUAAGGACUGAGGACCAAAGACAGCACCUGGUUUUAUCGUUUCGAAAAAGGAGCACUGUUGCCCACCUCUACCUGGGAAAAGAAGAGGGACUCAAGAGACUGGUUUCUAAACGGCAACUGAGUGAGAAUUUUAAAAAGAUGCCCCGUGACACCUUAGCUCAAAUUUGGCGGAAUGGAGAUAUAUUUAAAGACAAAGCAAUUAUCAACCGCCUUCAAAGAGUCAGAGGAACCACUGAACAAGGAGAGCUGUUUGCCAUUUAUGGCAAAAUGAAAAUCCCUGUGCGUCCAGCCUUCAUUGCUGGUAUAAGAAGUGGUGCAAGCACAGAAAAGGUUUCCUUCUACCUUGGUUUUGCUAUUAAUGGACUACUGGCAUAUGAUAUCCAGUAUGACAACUAAGGUAUUUGAUUGUACAAACAAAGUGCAUCGGAAGCACAAAGACAUGAACUGUACAGUGUGAAAAAAUCUGAACUCACUCAUGAAAUUUCAAACAUCUCAUAAAACUACAUGAGCAUGUGAUAUCAGACAGAUUGCUGAGUUAAAUAGAACAUAUGGCAGCUCAAUACAGUUGAAUAUUGAAGCUGAAUAUGUCUUUUUUCUAUUCUUUUUUUUCAUCUAGUAUUUGUUAUGUUGGUUUUCUCUUGCAAAUGUGGCAUUUAUGCCAAACUAUUCAUUUAUUUGACAACUGAACUGUACCUUUUGAAAAAAUAAGUGUAUUAGCCAGUGACUUACUGCGAUGGAACUUUAAACACACUUGAUAAAAAGCACAUGUGCAUUUGAUUAAGAGGGAUUGUUGGGUUACAUGGUGAUCCUGUAGCACUAUAUAUAAAUGUUUGUUUUUAUAAGAUUUUUUAUGACAAUUAAUAUCGUAACAUUUUUUUGUUUUGUUUAUAGUUUGUGUUGUUUAUAUAUGGUUGUCUCUUGUGGAUGUGGCUCAUUUGCCAAAUUAUCUCCUAUUAAUAUAUUUGCAGGUGCAACUAUCAUAAUAGGCAUAUUAAUUGUUGUACAAACAAAUGCAACACGAGCACUGACGCAUGAACUGUACCUUUAAGAAAUAUGUGGCAGACAGUGACUCACUGCAAUCGAACUUUAAACGCACCUGAUAAAAAUGUGCAUCUGAUUAAAAAGACAGAUUGCAGUAUUCAAUAACAAUCAUGAAGGUCAAUAUAGCUGCACAUGUAACUUUAGUUUUUAUGACUUCUUAUCUUUUAUUAACAGUAAUCAUUAACUUUCUGAGGAUUUUUUAAAUGUCUUUUGCAGAUGCGGCACAUUUGCUAAACAUAAGUGGAGCUCAUUUUUGUACAAACAUGUAAAAAGCACUUAACGGUGAAAAUUAACUCGUGGUGAUUUUCUCAAAGAAAUAGAGAACCCUGGAGCUCCCAAAUCCCAGUUGAGAACCAUUGCGCUAUCCUCAAUCAUUUUGUAUUUUUAUAUUUGACUUUUGUAACAUCAUCAUAAACAUGUUUGAACAAGUUAAUGUGGAAUAAAUCUUGUGUGACAAAUGUGA